ACACAGACGGGAAAUGUGUUUGAGUAAUUUUUAUUGUGGACACACUUGGAUCCAACAUGGUGUUCACUCUUCACCUAUGCUUCAUCACAACCAAUUCCUUGUGCAUGUUUAUCAUUUACACAUUUUUACCAACCCAUGCAUUCCCUGGGAAUUGAACCCAUGACCCUCUACCAAUUAAGCUAUACAGGAAAACUGUGACUGUUAUCAUCUAACAAUCACCCAUAAAAACAAACACAAAGGAUCUUAGAUUGUAAUCCCACUGUGUUGGUUGAGGAGUGACGGUUUAUAUUUCCAUUUCUUUGGAUUAUGAAGACAUUUUGAAGAACCUCUGGCCUCUUCAGUCUGGUGGCCAAAUUCAUCCUUCUUUUCUCUCUUUAUUGUUUAAUGUGUAAAUCAAACUGUGAGAGAAAAGAGACAAAAUUACGCCUUUUGUUACAAGAGUAAUAUUUUUGUUGGUGUUGUAUUGUAGACUAUUUUUAUGGAAUAUAGAGCUCUAUAUUUUCACGUGUGUGUUAUCAUCCUACUUGACUUUCCAUGUCUUCCGGCAUCUUUGUUUGCAGGCUAACGGGAGUGCUAUGAAAGCUGGCGGGAAUAGUAAACAUGCUUUCCUUGCUUUGCCUGCUUCUAAGAUCCCAGCUUUUAUACCUAGCUCAUGGAAACAUAGCUCAACCCAUGCUCCUUGUUCAAAUACUUCUAGGUUUACUAACCAAAUCUCUUCCUCUUCUUCCAAGUCUUCAAUCCCAUGUCUCAGUCUGAGCUGGCCCAGCUGUAGACCCGUCUCACCCUCACAGUCUCCCGGGCCUUCUCAGUGUUCUGAAGGUCAAAACCUAACCCUUCCUCCCCAGACUCAAAAUGGCCAGUCCUGCUCCUAUUCCUACUCAUCCUCUUCCUCCUCCUCCUCCUCUGUCUCUCCGAACUCUACUUCCUCCUCCUCGCCCCCUCCCUCUCCCUCUCACUCCCUCCUGUCUCCCACUGCCAUGUGCCGGGGAAGUCGAGCUGUACACUUGUCCAGCUUCUGCAGCCGCAGGUCUCUGAAGGCCAGCAGUGGCCAAGCCGCUAUCACACCAGCAUCCUUCACCGGGGACAUGGCAUGAGCUGCCCAUUUCUCUCUUUUGCUCUUUCUGUUUGCACUCAUUCAGGUGGGAUUUAAGGUGUUCUUCUGCAGGCCAUGUACUAAAACAAUGAUUUAGUUAUGCCGUGUAUUUGGGGUGGAUGUUAUUGUCGUUGUGCAUUUCCUCUGAAAUCCAGAAGUAGUUCAGAAUCUAGAGCCACAUAUGGUGCUUCUGAAUAAUGAACUUUGUUUUGGUUUAUGUGAGGGAUUAAACUUGACAGUGUUGGCUUUAUAUUUUAUAGACGUGCAUUUGUGUACUUACAUGAACUAUAUAAAACAUACAUUGCUAUUUUAUGGAAAGAAAAUUGAAUACAUGAUAUUUUCGUGUUUUUUAGUUUUAAUUAGCCAUAUAUAAUGCGGGUCCAAAUGUCUGAGAGCGCAAUGAUUAUUUUUAAACUGUCAUAUAUAUAUAUAUAUAUAUAUAUAUAUAUAUAUAUAUAUAUAUAUAUAUAUAUCCAAAUAAGGAAUAUAUAGGAUUCUGCUCUACUUCUAGGUCACUUGUCAAAGAAGCUAAUUUGUAUAUGUUUACAAAUGAUCAGCUGUUUUUGCUUCUCUUGAAGCAUAAGAUGCUUAUUGGAUCAUCUCAAAUCAUGCUAGACAUGUUUUACACAAAGCUAAAUUAUGUUGAUAAUAUCAUUUUAAAUGAUAACAUGUUGUAUUAAAUAUUAAAAAUGCAAAACAGAAGCAAUUUCACUAGAAGUGUCAGACUUUUGGAGCCCAAUGUAUGUCUGUAAGAAUUGGUUUAACAAGUCUGUGGUGAUUGAUUUGACAGUUUGAAAGAGAUUUAACCAAAUUUAAUCAGGGCACUGCCUGUUUUAACUAACAAUAUGCAGUUCAUAGUGCAUUUUUCAUUAAAAAAAAAUAAAAGUGUUGUUCAUUUAAAGACUCAAAAACAAGUGUAUAUAGUGUGAGUGGAUGUUAUACAACCAUUUUGGUGUUUCUGUAGCCUAGCUUUGUGUUACACCAUUCUUGUACUCCUUUAAAAAGCUCAUGACAAAUGCCAAAAUAACAGUGAUUUACAUGCUGAAACAUUAAAUGUUAGACUCGAAAAUACUGGCUAUGAAUAAUUGCCAAAUUUUACUCCUAUGCAUGCUUUUCAGAUGUUUAACCAUGGAUGAUGCAAAGGUAAAUGCUGUAAAUAUUACCUCUGAUUUUGUAAUACUGUAUAAAUUGUACAAAAAAAAUGUUUGGAAGAAAAAGCUUGCCACAGAUGAUUAUCGAAUAAAGGGCUUCCAGUGUAUUGUCA